GAGGAGAGCGACCCGUGAGGCGCCGCGGCCGCCCCGCCCCGCGCUGACGGCGGCCGGGAGCGCCCAAACCGCGCGCUGGGGGCUCUCCCGCCUCUGCCGUUCUGGGCGGCCGCGCCGGGAGCUCUGUGCCCGGCUAUGGAGCUGUGGCAGGUGCCGCUGAGCUUCUCCCGCCUCCGCAUGUUUCCUUUCUUCGACCUGGCGCAUUAUGUCGCCUCCAUCCUGGCGCUGAAGGAGCAGCGGGGUGAGCGGGGAGUUGUUGAAGUGUCGGUCCGAAGUCCAUUGGCCUGCUGGUUUAGUGCAAUGCUUUAUUGCUUUGGGGGUUCAGUUUUGUCUUCAUUGAUGCUUGGCGAACCUCCAGUAGCAUUUCUGGCAAAGACCAUAAAUAUUCUACUGGCAUCUUCAGUCUGGUAUCUGGUGUUUUACUGCCCAGAAGACAUAGUCUACCGCUGCUUUUCUUUUCUGCCUCUUCGUCUUCUGGUGGCAGGAAUGAAAGAAGUGACAAGGACUUGGAAGAUCACAGAUGGCAUUGCACAUGCAGACUUUCUCUACAAAGAUGCCUGGCUUAUCAUGGUAGCCGUGGGCUGGGCCAGAGGUGCUGGUGGUGGCCUAAUUUCCAACUUUGAGCAGCUGGUGAGGGGAGUGUGGAAACCUGAAACUAAUGAGCUCCUACAGAUGUCCUACCCUGUGAAGGUAACAUUGAUAGGAGCAGUUCUUUUCACCCUGCAACAGAGGCAGUACUUGCCAAUAGCAAGACACAACCUUGUGUUUUUAUACACCAUCUUUCUUGUUGUCUUCAAGGUAAAAAUGAUGUUGACAGGAUGUGCAACUUCUCCACUUGCUCCCUUUGAGGCUGCAGUGGGCCAAAUGUUUUUUGGCUCACGAAAAACACCUUCCAAAGUGAAGGGUGAAAGUGCCACAUCUUCCAACGGCUCUUCAGUCUGUGACCAGCCUUCUGAGCAGCACCAUGAGAGUGCUAAGAAAAAACAAGCAAAGAAAACGGAAUAAGUGACUUAAAAUCCUUGCGAUGGUCAUGAAGAUGUUUGUCUUCCAGAUUAGGCUGGCUGAGAAGUUUCUCUAAGGAAAUGAGAACAGGGCUGUGUUGUGGUUUGCCUUCUUGGAAUGUGUUAUGUAAGCUAUGUGCAAAUGCACAUGUUGGAUUUGUGAGUUAAAACUACAAAUUUUUAUAGUGGUUAAAAGUUUACUAAUUUUUGUAUUUAUGAUAACUUGAAAUGUUUAUAUGUUAAAAAGAUAGUUUAAAAAAUGUGACAAUCAUAUUUUUUUCCUACUGUAUCACUUGUUUCUUGUAUUCCUAUCCCCAGUUCUUAUGUUUCAUUUUGAUAACACUGAUUUGUACUGUCAGGUGUUCACUGUAGUAUGUCCCAAAUAAGAAAGUUAUUAAGUAAGGAUUAAUCACAUUGCCCUGUGUAAAACCAUAAAAAUGUACCAAUUUAAUGACUUAAACUAGAAGAGUAACUGACUUAUUAUUGUAAUUCACAUUGCAUUGGUCUAGAUUUUAUUAAUUUCUUAAAGUAAAUAUUUUAAAAUAUUUUUCAGUGUUUUAAAAUGAGAGUACAUUAUCUGGCACUUUAAAAAAUCUUUACAGUUAGCAAGUAGAAACAUAUUAAUAUUUUUGUUGUUGGAUUACUUGGACUCUUUAUUUGCAAGCAUUGGAGAUGUAGGUGUUUUUUGCCACACUGAUGUUUUACAACUGUAGUAAUCUUGUAGUUAUCUUUUGGUUCAUUUGGGUCUAGACAUUGUUUGCCGGCAUUUUUUUUCCAAGCAUAUGUACUUACUUCUUUUCAAAGACAAACUUCAUUAGGAAGAAGAAUACCGAACAGUACAUUUACCUUGUUUAGUCAGCACCCUGAGCUGCAAGACAGGGAUGGGAGCAGAUUGUUGCCUCUAUAAUCCAUGAGGGAAUGGUCAGUGAGUUGCUAGAACACCUGGACACUCCCAAUUGGUGGGAUGGAAUCCACCCAGGGGUGCUGAGAGAGCUGGCAGAGAGCUUGCUGAGCCACUUCCAAUCAUUUACCAGCAGUCUAGGCAAAACGGGGAAGUCCCAGUUGACUGGAGGUUGGCAAAAGUGACACACAUCUACAGGAAUAGAAGGAUGAUCCAGGGAAUUACACUCCUGUCACCUGCCCUCAGUGCCAGGGAGGCCAUGGAGCACAUCACCUCGAGUGCCAUCAGCAACAGGAAUAGGGCAACCAGGGCAUCAGGCCCAGCCAGCCCGGCUUUAGGAGAGGCAAGUCCUGCCUGACCAACCUGAUCUCCUCCUGUGCCAAGGUGACCUGCUCAGGGGCCGAGGGAAAGGCUGGGGAUGUGUCUGCCUGGACUUUACAAAGCCUUUGACACCUCCUCCCACAGCAUCUCCUGGAGAAACUGGCUGCUCAUGGACAGGGCCCUGUUCUCUGGGUGAAGAACUGGCUGAGGGCAGGGCCAGGGAGUGGUGGGGAAUGCAGGGACAUCCAGCUGGGCUGGGCACCAGUGGGGUUCCCAUGUGAUCAGAACUGGGGCCUGACCUGUUUAACAUCUCCAUCCAAGGUCUGGAUGGGGGGAUCGAGGGCCCCCUCAGUCAGUUCCUGACAGCACCAGGCUGGGUGGGAGUGAGGAUCUGCCAGAGGGCAGGAGGGCUCGGCAGAGGGGUGUGGACAGGCUGGAUCCAUGGGAUGAGGUCAGUGGGGUGAGUUACAACCAGGGGAAGUGCUGGGUCCUGCCCUUGGGUCACAACAACCCCCUGCAACCCCAGGCUGGGAGAAAAGUGGCUGGUAAGCUGGGAAAGGCCCAGGAGGUGCUGGUGACAGCAGCUCGACAUGAGCCCAGGGGUGCCCAGGUGGCCAAGAAGGCCAAUGGCCCCUGGGCUGUCCCUGCCAUGGUGUGGCACUGUCCCUGUGCUGGCACUGCUGAGGGACCACCUCGGAUCCUGGGACUGCUCUGGGCCCCAAUAGCUUGAAAGAGCAACAAGUCCAGAGAAGGGAACAGAGCUGGGAAAGGAUCUGGAGCCCCAGGAGUGACUGAGGGAGCUGGGAAAGGGGCUCAGCCUGGAGAUAAGGAGGCUCUGGGCGGAGCUGGUGGCUCUGCACAACUCCCAGACAGGAGGGGGCAGAGGGGGGCGGUGGGGGUGGUUGGACUCUGCUCCCAUGGAACAAGGAACAGGAUGAGAGGAAAUGGCCUCAAGCUGUGGCAGAGGAGGGUUAGUUUGGAUAUUAGGGAGAAUUUCUUCACAGAAAUGGUGAAAAGCAAUGGUCUAGCGAGGUGAUGGAGUAAACAUCCGGGGAGGAAUUUAAAAGGGCAUGUAGAUGUUACAUAUGGGGAUAUGGUUUAAUGCUGGCCUUAGCCAUGCCGAGUUAAUGCUUGACUUGAUGAUCUUUAAGGUCUCUUCCAACCUAAACCAGUCUUCAAUGUCAGAAGCACUGCAAGUUUUUAUUAGCAUUUGCUGAAAUCUUGCUGCUGUUUGUUGUGUCUUUUUUUGCUCAAGAUGUGGAGCAGUUCUAAGUGGCAUACACUUCAUAACUGAGAACUUUGGCAUUUUAGAGAUGUUACAAUACAUAAGAAUAGCAUCUUUUCAGAGGAAUCUUUUCACUGAUGUGCCAAUUUUUAGAAUAAGCGAUUUUUAUAAAAUUAGACUAUUUUCUUCAGCGAGUACUGCUUUGAAGAGUAUUGUUCAGCUAAGAGGGGUUUGGUUAAUCUUUGUGCAGGGAUGGCAAAGAGAAUGUGGAGGGAGAUCUGAUUUGAAAAGACAAAGUUCUAGUUCCAGGUACAUCUCUAAAUUUAGAAAAGCUGUCACCAAUGCUGUGCUUAGAGAAAAGAAAAAUAAAAGUACCAAAGAAAUUUCUUAUGCCUGAGUAGUCACAUUUCCAUGGUGAUGACCAAAAGCAUUGAACUCAGUUUGAAAUGCAAAUUCAUUUCAAAUGUGCUGUACUUUGAAAGGGAAAAUUACUAUUUUCCUUAAAACUGAAGAAUUAAAACAAAACACCCCAAACUCUUUGGACAAACUAGGAGUCAUAUUUUUUACAUAUUACUCUGAAACUUACUGUUCAGUUACAAAUGAAAAAGCUUGCAGUAUUCACUUGGUGUCUCAUUUUUUUGUAGCUUUAUGUAAUGGAUUAACUUGAAGCUGCCAAUCAACUAGUUAAUGAUCAACACCAGCAUAUGCUGCCUGUCCAUGAUUUUUUAAAAUUUUGGAUGUUUUUCUGAGUAGGUGUAAUUGUGUAUUCUAGUUCAUGUGAACCAUACAGAAUGGGAUUGUGGUAUGGAACUGUGUUGCACAUCUGUGAAAUUCUGCUUGAAAACUGGCUAGUUUUCAAGUCAAUGUGAAAAUGUGCUUAGACUUAGUUUUUAACAAGUUUACAAUUAGAGGGAAAAAUAUAUUGUUUUGUAUUCAUUUUCAGAGUUAAAGACAACAAUAUUAAUUUUUUAAACUGUUUUCUUGUCUGAUCACAUUAAAAAUAAUUCAUAACACACAAAAAAAUGUAUAUUGUUGUGAGACAGAACACAAGUUAUGCUGACAGAAAUCCUGUUUUAAGUACCAUGAAAACAAAACUUUGUGUUUAAAGGUGUCACAUACUGCUGAAGGAUGAGUCUCAAAAGAGCUCCAUGCUGAAUAGCUACAUGCAAAUGUUCUGUGAACUACAUUUUAUGACACAGAAAACCAGUUGAUCAGGGUUUAACCUGAAUUCUGUAGGAGACAUUAAAAUAGUGUGUCCAGGAUGCCUUAAAUAAACAAUUCCCAACUUUCAUGCUGAUAGUUCUCUAUCUCUGGAAAACUCUGUGGAGAAUUUUGUUAACAAUUUCUUAUAACUGUUCUGGUAAAGUGUGUCAGAUUCAGCACACCUGCAUAUGUGAACUAGUUGGCUGUAUCUAAUUUUGUCAUUAACCUAGUAAAAUUAGAAGAAGCUGCCUUCUGCCAAUAUAAACUAAGCCGUUCAGAAAUUGCUUUAUCAGCUCAAUUCAUGGGCUAGAAGGGCAUAUUCCUGAUUAAACCAAUUGCUGUUCUGAGUAAAUAUACCCCGAUUCUGUAAAAAGGAACUGUAAAAUUUGCUUCAGGAACAGAACCAAAGUUUCUUUAGACAAUAAACGUUAUUUGCUUUCCUCUUCUGUUUUUUUUCCAAUUUCAUUUUAUUGGAAAAAAGUGGAGAUGGGAGGAUGUCACACAAGUAGUACCAUCAUCCAAAACAUGAUUCUUUAGUAUUGUUAGGCAAAAUAGUUAUUAAUGAAUUCCAAACAUCUGUCUUCUGUAGGAAUCUGAAUCUGCUCAGCAUAAGGGGAGUGCUGAAAUCUAACAUUUUCCAACAGUCGAUACAGUGAAUGCAAGAUUACUCAGAGUGAAUACUCUUAAUUUAUAAGGUGAAUCCUCAUUUCUAAGGUUGAAGUGAAGUCUUCAAGUGAGUAACAACAGAGAAACACCAUUUGAUGCCAAGAUGAGAAUCAAAAAUUUGUUGUAAAUAGUAAUUUGCAUUUGUUCUUAUAAAACUGGUCUGUUAAACAAUCAAAAGCCUUUUGUGUGAAAUUGUUCAGCAAGGAAUAGAUAGUAAUAUGAAGGAUGACAGAGAAAUACAUUAAUAUUCCCAGGCAAGAACACUGAUGUGCCAGUGGGCUCUAUCUAUAGUCAGGAAGUAGAGUGUGGUGAUCAAAAUGACAUCCCAAAUAAAAACUACUGCAAUCUAGUGUGAUAAAUAGUUUAUGCACAGCAACCUGCAGCUGGGUGGCACAACCCCUGGUGUAGAUAGUUGCUGGUGGGUGAGAGGCUGGACAUGACCCAGCCAUGUUCUCUGGCAGCCCAGAAAGCCAAACACAUCCUGAGCUCAUCACACAGCAAGGGAGGAGGACUUCUGCCCCUCUGCCCUGCUCAAGUGAGACCCCACCUGCACCUGUGGUGUCCCUAGUGCAGGAAAGACAUGGACCUGUUGGAAUGAGUCACAAAAAUUAUUAAAGGGCUGGAACACCUCUCCUAUGGAGAUAGACUGAGAGAACUGGGGCCUAAGGCUCCUGGAGACCUCAUAGCAGCCUUCCAGUACCCAAAGGGGGCUAAUGGUUUUAAGCUGAAGAAGGGUCGAAUCAGAUAAUAUUAGGAAAAAAUUAUGAUGAGGGUGGUGAAACACUGAAGCGAGUUGCCCAGAGAGAGGUGGUAGGUGCGCCAUCCCUGGAAACCUUCAAGAUCGAGUCGGAUGAGGUGCUGAUCUAGUCAAAAAUGUCCCUGCUUAUUGCAUGUGAGUUGGACUAGAAGGCCUUUAAAGGUCCAUUCCAACCCGAAAUAUUCUGUGAGUCUUUGAUUCUAUGAAAGAAGAUUUCUUCAGUGUUGAAGCAUGUUGUCAGAGGGGUUGAGGGAGCCCUUACUGACUCUGGAUGCUGGUACUGUCAGUGUCAUGUCAUUCUUAUGAAAGAAGCUAAAGGGCAAAAAAGGAAGAAACAUGCAUCUAACAGAAAGAAACAUUUGUCUACUUUGUUGUCUUUGGCUGAAAUUUUGUCAAGCUCUGUGGCACAUUUUUCCACAAUAAAUUAGAUUUAAAAAAUGUAGUGGUAGUAAUUUCAAUCAGAGUCAUCUUUAGUUUGGUCAAAUUAUGUCUUCCCCCUUAAAACUGUUAAUGGACAGUUGAAUGUCAAGGCUAGAUUAGAUGGUUUUGGUUUUUAAGCUGGACUUUUUCAUGGCCAAAUUUGGAAUAAAACUACCGGAAAAUACUUUGAUCUAAACCUCUUUGGCACACAUUCUGUUUUCUGAAAAUAAUACCCAUUUAUGGUAUUGCAGUGUUUAGGAAUUACAUGGAAGUAUUUUUGAGUGUCUUUCAGUAGAAUUUCAGAAUACCUUUAAGGCACUUAACAAGUAGAUUACGCUGAGCAAGAUGAAAAUUCAAACUUAUAUGGUUCUAUUGUCAUUGCAGAAUAUCAGAAAAAUCCAAGGUGAAGAAAUCAGUUUUGUAUUGAAGAGGGUACAACUUCAUGGCAACUGCUUUGUCACGAGUGACUUCUAUAGUUCAAAUGUUGUUUACAGGAAAACUUUGCUCUUUUUACUUACCUGCCACCCAUCAUACACCAAAGCCUGGUUCUGAUUCUCCCCAAGUGAGCUGUUUUCCUGCAAAGGAGACAGUUGUUCUCUGGUAUUUGCUUUCUAGAUCCUGGGGGUCUAAAACAGCAGGAAAGAGAGAGACUGAAUGCUUUAGUUGAAAUUUUCAAGCUGAGCCAAGGGAAAAAGCAGUGCAUGGGAGCGAGACCCAUCUCUCCGGGCAGCUGGAGCAUAUUCUUUGGCUACAGGUCAAUUACCCUAAGAAGUUUUAGAUGCCUUUAGUUCAGCAUAGCAGGUGAAUGUUAAGGAAAACUCUUCAGUCUGACUCCUGUCUGGGAGUCACACUCAUUUUACCUGAGGCUUUUAAUUGCUGAGACUGAAGCUGUGUUGGAAUUUGGAAUUAAAUAACUAAUGUUUCAAUAAUUUGGGUAUCUUCUCCUGCAGCAGGUACACGUAUGCUUUUUAUUCCGGAUGUUAUGGAUUAAAAAGUUCAGGAUCAGGUUGGAUUCUUCUGAAUUCAUCUCUCCAAGUAUAAUCCAGAGGUCCUGUAGCUGGCUGGUGUUUAGAACUGUCUUGCAAAAAGAAUUCUUCAUUAGAAAUCAAAUGUGUUGAUUUUUUUUCCCUUCCCUUAUCUUUAUCUAAAUCUCCUGUAUAUAGGAGAACAAGACUGAAGUUUUGUUUGAGUAAGUUUGGCAGAAAUUGGACCAUAACUGAGUUUAGAAGAAGCUGGAACACAAAGGCUGUUAAAAAAACAAAGUUUCAAGGCUGGUAUCUAUUAAAUAAGAAGAUACAGACCUGAAAUGCUAAAGUUUACCAAAAUCCAAUUAAAAAUUAGUGCUAAUACUUUGUGAAAACAGUAAAUUUUCAGAAAACAAACUCGGGCAUUGCUGUUGAGAGUAUGUACUGUAUAGAGACACAAGAACCAAGUUUCCAAAUUGUGCAUUGCUGUGAUGGUGUUCUUAUCCUCAAAUAUAAACAGAAUGGAGCACAAAGUUAAUAGGCUUCAGACCAAGCUGAAGGAAGAACACAAGGAGUCAAGACAAAGUGGAGUAACUCCUGGGAAUACUAUGCAGCAUCUUAUUACAUGUUAUAGCAAGAGGAAGGAACCCAGACUGUUGUCAGAAAUUAACUAGGAAUGUGGUUCUAACACUGGUACAGUCUUAUUGUGGGUGACCUGAGAGGUGACAUGCUGCGUGUCACCUGAGUCUGGACCUGGUCUGUACGGAUGUCUAUAAAAUCAGAGCAUCAAUGCUGAAAGGAAAAGUAAUGAUUAAGAAGGUCAAGCUGAGUAAGACCCCUGGGGAUACAUCUGCAGCAUGAACUACAAGAAUGUGACCGGGCAUUUCAAGUUACUAAUGAGAAUGUGCUUGUGAUAGCUUUAAACAGUCCUGAUUUAAAUUUUUUUUUUUUUUACCCAGGGUAAAAUGAUGUGAAGAAGAGUGGGGUAUGAGCACUUCAUUAAUGCCAGGGAAAACAAAAAAAGAGAGGGUGUUGAAAAUGAUAUUCCUGGUAAAAUGCAACCUAGCUUCUAGGCACGCAGUAAAGUAGUCACGUCAGGCAACACAGAAUUUAACAAUCCCUAGUGUGGGCUUCUUACUGCUCAUCCAGGGGCAUCAGACCAGUGAACCUACUGGAUCUUCUUUACUCAGAAAGAACAAGAAAACUGAUAAAAAUUAUGGGUUGGCUUUGGCACAGAGAGUGACUGACUCAGUAGGUCGACUGCUGGCUCAAAGCUAGCAGAAGAGAGAGAACACUGCUCAUCACAAAGUCUGCAAAAUCAGCUCAACCCUGAUGCAUGUGGAAUGAUUUUUGCAUAGUACAGCAAUUUCAAGUAGAACUGGUAAAUAAUGGACCCUGAGCAAACAAACAAACAAACAAACAAACAAAAGCCAUUUAAGUUGCACAAUGUAUAAUUAAGCUGUGGAACUUACUGCCUGCGGUAGAAGUGCUAGAAAUUGAAGAUUGUUAGAUACCACUUGUGACUCAGGCAGGCUUCACAGAGUUUUGUCAGGUGGUGGGAGAGUAUUUUUAGAGAAUCACAGAAUGGCUGGGGUUGGAAGGGAACUCCGUACCCAGUCCAAUCCCCUUCCAAAGUAGGGUCACCUGGAGCAGGUGAGGUUGGAAUGUCUCCAGAGGGGGAGACUCCACACCCUCCCUGGGCGGCUGUCACAGUGCUCUGCCACCCUCAAUGGGAAGAAAUUAACUCCUUGUGUUGAGUGGAACAACUUCUCUUUUAGUUUAUGGCCCUAAGAGUGCACUGACCUGUUCUCCAGUAUUGUCUUGGCAGACUCUGUCACCCAGGGAAAGAUGCUGACAGGUUUUUUUGGAAAUGACAGGGAUCGGCACGUCUGAAGCACAAAGGAUUUGCUUCACCCUAAAAAACCCACCUUCCAUGACCAUAGCAUCUUCCCUACCAGGGAAACAAAAGCCUCCUGGGCUGGAGAGGCUGUUGGGCUGAUGGCUGUGUUGCUGCAAUGGUGUUUAUAUUUGCUGUAAAGUUCAUUAUUUGUAGAAUGCUUUCAGGAGCCCACAUAAAAGGUUAUGUUAGACGCAUUAAUUAUUAGUGUUAAGUACAGGUACUUUGUCUGAGGGUUUUCUUCAAGCUGAAAAUGUGUUUGACUGCAAGGAAACAUAUUUUUCCAAGAAGGCUAUAUUGGUUUAAAGUCUAGGAAGCAAAGAAAGCAAAUAAAGCUAUUUUGCUUAAUUUUUUUUUCAGGACUGAAAAUUACUUCUCUCCUUGUUUUAAUUAGAAGUAUUAUGAAAAACUGUUGUUUAAUCCAUCAUAGGGAAAUGGCCAGACACUAACAAAAUUAAUAGUUCUUGGAAAAAAUAAUUUCCUCAGUUACUUUCAAUCAUUUGUUUAGGUAUUGACAGAAAAUCUUCUUAGAAGCUAUCAUCUCAUUCAGAAAGCAGACUUUGAGUUUAAUGAAAAGUUUCAGCAAAUAUCUGCUGUGUGUAAAAAGCGUCCACUUUUUUUUUUCUUGGAAGACACAAUUUUUCUUUAAGACCCAUCACAUUACAGUGUGGAAUUUUCUGUGAUCCUAUAGGAUUUUGAAAGCUUGGAUGGUGGGGAGAAAUUCUUAUCUAUCAGGUUGUGGUCAUGUGCUAACAUUACUGAUGACUUGCUUUGCUGUUUAGGUUGCAGAUAAGAGUUUUCUUCUAUACUCUGGUCAUAAAAGAGGUUUUGUUAUUUUCUGAUGUUAGCCAAAAUAAAAUAAACAUUGCUCUCCUGUUGAA